CUGUAACUACAUUUAAAACACUAGGGGACGGAAACUUUAAACAAUAUGUCCUCCAAACAGGAGCCAUCUUGUCGAAGUUAUACAGGCCUUCCACAGGGUGGCGAUGUAGUUAGCUCUAGCCUCAACCAUGUAGUUAGCAGCAGCGAUGGCUUAUUGCGUUACAUAUUAGCAGACCUCAUUGGCGUGUGCAGCUGUAAGCAUGACAGGAGGAAUAGCGCUGGUGCAGGGAGCUAGCCGGGGUCUCGGUCUCCAGUUCUGCAAAUUCCUGGUCACGUCCAGACAUGGGACAAGGGUCAUAGGGACUUGCAGGGAGCCGGACUCUGCUGCUGAGCUGCAGACACUGAGGGAGAGGCACCCAGACGCACUCACCGUCCUGCAGCUGGAUGUCACCAGCCAGCGGGAUAUACAGGAGGCUGCACACACGGUGGCACAGGAGUUUGGUCAUCUGGAUCUUCUCAUUAAUUCCUCAGCGAUGCUGCACCCCAGUGGGAAGGGUGAGACCAGUCUCCGGGAGGUCUCCUCUGAGGGUCUCUCCCUGGCACUUGCUACAAACACCAUCGGUCCGUUGUUGAUGGCAAAAUAUUUUUCUACGCUACUUAUGAAGGGAAGAGGGAUGUUUGGAGCACAGUCACCUGACCAAUCCAGACAACACAAUGCCAUUUUAGUUAACAUAAGUGCUAAAGUAGGCUCUAUAACGGACAAUGGCUUAGGUGGGUGGUACAGCUACAGGAUGUCUAAAGCGGCUCUAAAUAUGGCCACCAAAACCCUUUCUGUGGAACUGGGGAGAGGAAAGGGCAAAGUGGUCUGUGUUUCUCUGCACCCGGGCACUGUGGACACAGACUUGUCAAGACCUUACCAUAAAAAUGUCCCCAUGGAAAAGUUAUUUUCACCUGAAGACUCUGUGACCUACCUUAUAGACAAUAUUGACAGACUAGGCAUGGACCACACUGGGAAGUUUUUUUCAUGGAAUGGAUCCGAACUUCCUUGGUGAAUUAUUUUUUAUAUAUAACACAUGAAUUAAACUACAUUAAAUUAUUUCAGCAACUUUCAAAA